ACGCUGCUGCUCUUUGUGGUUUUAAUUUGGUGCUACGAGUUCCAACAUUCACGUGUGCGCUGCUCCGCUGCCGUGGGUUCCGCCAGUUCCUCCCCCAUUUGUCCACUUCUUCCCCUCCCAUCUCUUUGCAGCACCGUCAAGCCUCAGGUUGGAGCCGAGCAUGCCUUAGAUUCCCUGGAAGAGGAAUAGACGGGUUUUUUCCCCCUUUCUUUUCUUUUCUUUUCCCCCCCUUUUUUUUUUUUUGUCUUUGCAGCUGCUUAUUUGCAGCAAGUGUGCACCGGGUGCAUUCGCGACCGUGGGCUGCAGAAAUUAGUGGGUUGGGAAAGACUUGAGACUUUCUCUCUGCCCCCUUUUGCUUUUCUUCUUCUUCUCCUUCUCCUUCUUCUUCUUCUACUCCGUCGCUGUGGCUCAGUCCUGUUUCCCGCUUUGGCUGUGGUGCAGGGGGGAAAGUGUUUAUAUGGGGGAUGAUGACAGAGGUCGGGUCGCGCUAAUGGGCCAGUGAAGAGCGGCGGAGGGAGGCGAGGAGAGGAGAGGCGAAGCGCACACAGCCGACCAGGAACACAUAACAUUAAUACACUUGUUCCAUCACCAAUCAGCAUAGGGAUAUCCCCUCCGUCUCCGCCGAAGACCACUGGAAACUAAUUUUUCCUCUUCAAAAGUUCCGGGGGAGAGCGAGACAUUCAAAUCCUGGUCGGCUUUUUGGCUUUUUGCUCUUCCCCCCCCCCCUCCUAUUAUUUUGGUGUGGAGAGCGGGGCUCUACAGCCUAUAGUUUAAAAAGGACGGAGGAUGCCCCAAAAAGAAUACCACAACCAAGCCACCUGGGAGUCUGGCGUAGCCUCAAUGAUGCAGAACAAGGUGUAUGACAUCUGUGAUGAAGGUCACAGUGGCGUAAACCAGCUUGGUGGUGUGUUUGUUAAUGGCAGACCGCUGCCGGAUUCCACCAGGCAGAAAAUAGUUGAACUUGCUCAUAGUGGCGCUCGACCCUGCGACAUCUCCAGGAUACUGCAGACCCAUGAUGAAGUCCAAGUGCUGGACAGUGAAAAGGUGUCCAACGGCUGCGUGAGCAAGAUCCUGGGCAGAUAUUAUGAAACUGGCUCCAUAAGACCGAGAGCGAUAGGCGGCAGCAAGCCCCGUGUCGCCACUCCGGAGGUGGUCGCCAAAAUCGCGCAGUACAAGCGGGAGUGUCCGUCGAUCUUUGCCUGGGAGAUCCGCGACCGGCUGCUGUCGGAGGGGAUCUGCACCAACGACAACAUACCCAGCGUGUCAUCAAUAAACAGAGUCCUCCGCAACCUGGCGAGUGAAAAGCAACAGAUGGGCGCAGAUGGCAUGUAUGACAAGCUGAGAAUGCUCAACGGUCAGACAGGAACUUGGGGGACCCGGCCAGGCUGGUACCCCGGAACAUCAGUGCCAGGGCAGCCCAACCAAGAUGGCUGCCCACAGCAGGACGGCGCGGGAGAAAACACGAACUCCAUCAGCUCGAACGGCGAAGACUCGGAGGAGACGCAGAUGCGCCUGCAGCUCAAGAGAAAACUGCAGAGGAACCGCACGUCUUUUACGCAGGAGCAAAUCGAGGCGCUGGAAAAAGAAUUUGAGAGAACGCAUUAUCCAGAUGUUUUCGCACGGGAAAGACUAGCGGCGAAAAUCGACCUGCCCGAAGCAAGAAUACAAGUAUGGUUCUCAAACAGAAGAGCAAAGUGGAGGCGAGAGGAGAAGCUGCGGAACCAGCGUCGACAGGCCAAUAACUCCUCCAGUCACAUUCCCAUCAGCAGCAGCUUCAGCACCAGCGUCUACCAAGCCAUCCCUCAGCCCACCACACCGGUGUCUUUCACCUCGGGGUCAAUGCUUGGCAGGCCUGAUUCUGCACUAACAAACACCUACAGUGCGCUGCCCCCCAUGCCCAGCUUCACCAUGGCCAACAAUCUACCUAUGCAACCCAGCCAGACCUCCUCUUACUCCUGCAUGCUGCCUACCAGUCCGCCUGUGAACGGGCGGAGCUACGACACAUACACGCCCCCUCAUAUGCAGGCACAUAUGAACAGCCAAUCAAUGACCACUUCUGGUACCACCUCAACAGGACUCAUCUCUCCUGGAGUGUCUGUCCCUGUCCAAGUCCCAGGGAGCGAGCCUGACAUGUCUCAGUACUGGUCAAGACUACAGUAGAGAGAAGAGCUACUUCACCCUGUAAGCACCCACUCCACCAUGGCCCUCCGGCAGUGCUCCUCACAAAUACAUGGCACAGGAGAGAAAGGGGGAAAAAAAAAAGGCGCGAGAGGGUUGAGGAAGAGGCAACAGACAGGAGAGGAAAGAACGAGAGGGACUCUGGGAGAGCCUUGGGACGUCUGGGCUUUGUUUCCCCCCGCUGGGACAGUGUGCUGUUGUGUAGCUCUAGGCACAUUCAAACGAGGACUUGGAAGAGAGAGACCAACAGUGGAGAGAGGCAGAAAAAAAAUAUGGACCUCUGUAAAGUGCCCGGUGUUAAAUUUUUAUGGAACAAAAACUUAUCCGUUCUUUUUCUAUUUCCAACUUCAGUCAUUGUUUCCCUUUUUUUUCUCUGAUGUGUUUGUAAAUGGCCAUUUGUAUGUUAAUAUAAAAAAAAGAAAAAACAAGAUCAAGUACUGAUAGACGGACUGCUAGAAAACCAUCUUGGUUUUUCUUUCUUUUUUUUUUUUGCUAAAGGAGAAGCUGAGAGAAUCUGCCAUGACUAUCUUUUAAUCUGCUUAUAUCGAGACUUUCUACCAGCCUUUUGCAUGGUCUCUGGACGCAUAUCAUUAAAGACGAAAAAAGCUGGAGGGAAGAUUCUUACUGUGACAGAAAAAAAAGAGAAAACUAUUUAUUGGUCCUAUUUGUUGCAAAUGGAUAUUCAGUGGAGGAAAACUCCAAGUCGAUCCACCCACUGAGGCCGCGGCGGUCUCGGCCUCUGAUACAAGGCCUUGCAUUUAUUAGAUUGGGAAUCCUAUUAACAGCUCCAAGCGUGCAAAGACGGCACAGCUUGCAACACAAGUUGGACCUCCUGCUUCCGUGGUUGGAUUGAUUCUUUAGAUUACCACCGAGAACAUUAAGCGUGGAAAACAGGUGCAGCAAGACCCCCCUGUGCCCCCUCCACGCUUCCCUUCCCCCCCAAACACCUGUAUUCUGUAAAUGGUUGACUGCGUCUUCGAUAUAAUCCAGUUUGUUAAUGUCCAAAUGUAAAGUACUUGUCUUCCCUUUUUUUCGGAAAUCUUCCAGAAAGAUUUCUCCAAUAAAAGUCAAUUUCAGUUUUACAUUCCCAAGAAUAUUCUAUAAAUGUUCCAUGCAUCAUGAAAUACAUUUUUUUAGGGUCAGGUACAAUUUGUCUCUUAGGUAUAGUUGUAAUAUAGUGUCCUAUGGUCAUAAAAAAAAAUGUGCAACUAGAAAUAUUUAAUUCCUAUAAUUAUGAUUAAACAUUGCUUGACAGAGUUUUAAA